AUGGCGAUUCCCGAGUUGCUGGGGUCUGUGACCUCGAGCCAGCUUUGGAGCUUUGGCGCUCUUUUUCUGAUCUUGUCCUUCGUUGUCGACUUCGCGAGUCACCCGCAGUAUCCAAGCCAGAUUCCUGUCAUGGGUAAGGGCCAUGGAAUGCUCAACGCUUUACUUGACAGCUUCCGUUACCUCACAAACUAUCACCGUUGGGUCAGCGAUGGCUACGUCAAAUUUGGCAAAAAAGGCCUACCCUUCGUCGUGCGAUCUCCGUUAUCUCGCCCUUCAGAGGUCGUCAUCCCUCGCAACCAGAUUGGCUGGAUGAUGGAUCAGCCCGACCACAUCCUCUCGACCUAUGAUGCCCACAAUGCCGUCCUGUAUUCCGAAUACAACUUUCUCGGCCGCCGCUUGGCCUAUGACCCAUUUCCUAAUCGCGUAAUGCACAAGUAUAUAGCCCGGCAUCUAUCCACCGUUAUCCCCAACGUCGACGACGAGAUUCAACACGCAAUAGACACAACUCUAGGAAACGACGCAGAAAACUGGAAGUCGUUCAAGCUGUGGAACCUCUGGCUUGACAUCGUACCGCACGUCACCAACAGAUUGCUCAUCGGGCCCGAAGUCUGCCGCAACAAGCAGUUCAUCGAUGGAAUGGUCAGCUUUACAAACGACGUUGUCCGCAACGGCUUCCUGCUCCAAGUCAUCCCAAAGGUCCUCCAUCCCAUCUUUGGCCGCAUCUUUGGCAUGUUCAACUAUCUCCACUGGCGCUCGGCCAACGCUCCGGCCCAGCCCAUCAUUGAGAAGCGUCUCAAUGCCAUGCUGAAGAACGCCGCGGGCGAUCCCGAGUACAAGGACUUUACGCCUCCCGAAGACUUCAUCACCUGGUUAAUCCGACAGGCACUCGCAGACGGAAAGACAUUCGAGCUAGACCCCAUUGUUAUUUCUAAACGACUUCUUCCCAUUGAAUUUGCCGCAAUCCACACCACAGUGUUGACAGGCCAGCUAUGGAUGCAAGAUCUGCUCACCUCGGAUCCCGAAACCGGCAUCCUAGACAUCCUCCGAGCGGAAAUCAACGCCAACAAACCCGAAUCCGGCCCCUGGACAAAGGCUGCCAUCUCGAACCUCGUCCGUCUCGACUCUUCCAUCCGCGAGUCCCAGCGAGUCAGCAACUUCGCCGUCACAAUGAUUGAACGCAAGGUCGUCGCCGACAACGGCCUGUACAACCCAGAGCUAGGCUGGACUCUUCCAAAGGGCAGUUUCGUCACCGUCAACCUCGAAGGGACGCACCACGAUCAGGACCUCUACAAAGACCCCCACUCGUACAAUCCUCUCCGCUAUUCCCAGGUCAGAGAAGCUUGGGACGCAAAAUCAGACGAAGAGAAGAAGAGCGAGCCUGAAGAGGGCACGAGAAUACGGGGUCUUGGAAUGGUGACUACGAGUCCCCAGCACUUGGCAUUUGGCCAUGGCAGACACGCUUGCCCCGGGCGAUUCUUCGUCGCGCAUGAAUUGAAGCUCAUCAUGAUCCAUCUCCUCCUCAACUACGACAUUAAGCUAGUUGGCAAGAUGCCUGAGAAGCAAUGGAUAGGCGGCACCAUCAUUCCGCAUCUGAAAGCAGAGAUUCAGAUCCGGCGAAAGAAAGUGUCGGCGUGA